AUGGCUUACUCGAACCCUACAUUGUCCCUUCGUCUCUCCCAGGGAUCGUACUGGGACAAUGAUAUAUUCCAGCUCCAGCGACAAACAUUUUCUGGUAGGAACUUCGUAUUCAUUACGACUUUCGAGACAGAGCGCACUGUAACACUUGUCUGUAAUGGUCUUGUCCCUGAUGGGACACAAAAGAGGCUGGAUAUUUUGGAAGCCUUGAAAUCCGGGUUGCUGGAGCUUGUAGAAUCUGGGAAAGAAGAAAUGAUCGUUAUUCACUGCACCGGACCACAAGUUUUGGACCACAUUGAAGUUUCGCCUAAACCGUCACCUAGGUCGGCUCAGACGCGCCGUGGACUGAUAACCAACACAACAAACGAGCUGUGGAAAACCAUUCUAGAGCCUGGCAAGCAGUACGAACUCCGGUUUUCUAAGAGCAAAGGCGAAGUAUGGGGUUAUUAUAGUGAUGAGGGGUUACUUGAAGAGAUCACUCCAUCCCAAAAGCUUCCUAUCCACCGCGAAGACAGUACGAUACGCUUCACUGUCCACAACAACCCACCCCCUCCAAGGAUCUUUGCGAAACUCAAAUUAACGCCAGAAUGCCACCUAUCAGGUGACCCGCCUUUCAAGAUUAUCAUCGAGUUCUCUACAGACAGCAAAGCGCCAAUUACAUUUUGCAAAGGCAGACCACUAUGGAGUAUGCAAUGGUUAGACCUCAACUCUGUCGAACAGCUCAUGUCCUGUAAAGACUCUGAAACAGGGGAAAGUGUCGAAAUGCCAUACACAUUUGGCUGUUUUGACUCUGAUCCUCAUCCCUCAUUCCCCGUGGAUGAUGAUUUUGUGGAGAUACUGUCAGGUCGGCCUUGGCAAUUCGUGUAUACGCUUCAGAACGAGAGCUCUGGAGGUCUCGGGGGCUUAGAAUGUCUACGUCCUGGUAAAAGAUACGAGGCUCAGGUUUCUACCGACUUGAAAGGCUUUGGGAUGUGGAAAUUCGGACUCAGGAAGGACCUUCUCGACGGGAGUCUGGAGGAAAAGGAGAAACGAUGGGAGAUGGACAUGUUGACAGGAUGGUUGGUUAUUGAAACACCGGGUGAGCCUGUAGUGUUCAAGGCAGUCGAUGGAGAAUUGGUUAUAGCGCGCUUGGAACAACGGUUUUACUUCACCAUUCCCGGUUUCAACUGCCGAAUACGCAUAUCGCUAGUUUCAGCUGCAGUCUCUCCUCCUCUUUCCUGUUCAGCAGUGGGAUAG